AACCACGCACCCAUCCUUAGCGAAGCGUGACGACUUUUUGUUUAUGCUGUGUGUUUUCUCUUGUGUCGGCGGUCGACCUGUUAUCUAAUUCUAAGAAUGUUUACUAGGCCUAGAAAUCCGGAUAAAGACUUUGUUUUGCAUGGUACAGCAACACCGAUAAGAUAUGAAAAUCCAAGGCUGUACCAGACCAACUCAGAACGUACAUUAAGUACAGGUAAUUUGUCUCAGUCAACUAUUUUCGCUAGAAAUACAUUGAAAAAUGAGACAGGGAGUAAAAUCUAUGAGGGUUUUCGUUCAACAGAUACACAAAGACUCGCAGAUAGUGUCGGCAGCAUUCUUCGUAAUGGAAAGAAGAGUAGUCUUAAGAAGGACAGAAGGAAAAGAAAUGGCGAAUUGUCAUUGGAUCUCCAAAGUUUAAACAGCAGCUUGAAUAAAAGCCUCAACAAAAGUGUGAGUUUCACAGAGCAUAAUUAUGGUGGUCACGCCCACGACAGAGACAGUGAUGAUGAAGAAAGUUUGAUGGCUUUUGAAAAUGAACUACAAAAGCUCAUUGACAGUGACUUGAAAGAAAAUGAGGACUACGAGAAAAAAACCACUUAUAAAUCUAGAAAUCUUCCAGAGUCGCAGUGGUAUAUAGAACCGAUACACCUGAGGAAAGAUGCAGAGUUUCCUGUUUUUGAAUCUCUCGGGGUGAGUACAAAAUCUAUAUCACCGCAUUCAAGAACUACUGGAAUGCUGGGCACUGAACUUGCUCAAAAGCGUAUUAAUUCUGAGAUAGCAAUUCCUCCAAAUGCAAGCAAUUUCUUCCCCGUAACAUCUAGACAAUCAGCUUUGAGAAAUGCGCUAAGUCAACCUCUACAUUCAAAUAUCUCAAAAGGGAAGUCAAGCAAUUUUUUAGCUUCGAGUCACCAGCCUGCAUCAAAGGCAUUUUCGGAUUAUAACUAUCUUGUGGCAUCUCAACAGUUUGUUGAUGGAGAAGAGGUGGUUUCACCAUACCGCUACGAACUAGCUAAACUAAGAAUGGAACGGCUGCGCCUUGAGGAAGACACAAUUUUGGAAUCCAAAAGGCAAAAAGAAUUGGAACGUAUAAGAGGCCCAAAGCCUAAAUGGUAA